AUGCUGUGGCGCGACCUGAAGGCAUGGCAGGUCUUCGGAGCCAAUACCAAUGUUGGCAAGACCAUUGUCUCGACGCUGCUGUGUCGAGCUCUACAGAACCCUGAACGCCGUGUGCUGUAUUUGAAGCCUGUUUCUACUGGUCCCAGGGGCGAGGCAGAUGUAGGACAUGUCGACGCCUUUGUACCCGGAAUUGUUUCAAAGUACAUCUCGCAAUUCUCGCGCCCAUUGAGCCCUCAUCUGGCGGCUCAAUUGGACGAAGAUGGAACGAUACCCAGAUCAGACGCCUCAAUAUUGGCCAGAGUCAAAGCUAUUCUGACGGAGCACGUAGAGACAGGAGGCAGGUAUGCUUUCGUCGAGACGGCUGGUGGCGUCCUCUCACCUGGUCCUUCUGGCACCGCCCAAGCCGACCUAUACAGACCACUGAGACUACCAACGAUUCUUGUGGGAGACAGCCAGCUCGGCGGGAUCGCGACCACCAUAUCAGCCUUCGAAUCUUUGCAUGUCCGGGGCUACAACGUUGACUCGGUCGCCCUAUUUGACGACCCGGAGUGGGGAAACUUCGACUAUCUCAACACGUAUUUCCGGAACCAUGGCAUCUCGACAUUUGCCCUGCCCAAACCACCUGGGAAGCAUCAAGACGCCGAACAGGACAAGCGAGCACUUCUGGCCUACUAUGGUGGAUGGUCGAAAUCGGGCGUCGCCGGAAACCUGCUCGACCUACUCAACCAAAAGCACUUCGCACGCAUCUCCAAGCUGACAUCGAUGCCUUCCCAGGCGGAAGCAGUGAUAUGGCAUCCGUUCCGUCAGCAUGGAAUUCCCCACAACAUCAUCGCAAUUGACUCGGCGUACAAAGACCAUUUUCAAACCUAUAACCAAGAGGCCGACCCAGCGCUGACGGAACGCCAGACCACUUCGACUUCUGGACUUACUCCACUGGCAGCACAGCCGACUCCGCGGUCCCUCCUUACACCCCACUUCGAUGCAUCUGCGUCAUGGUGGACGCAGGGCCUCGGCCACGGCAAUCCAAAUGUUGCGUUGACAGCGGCCCACGCAGCCGGUCGCUACGGACACGUCAUGUUCGCGCAUGCCGUCCACGAACCCGCCCUCGAUAUAUCCUACAACCUCCUGUCGACCCUGCAGAACCCACGCCUGAGCCGAGUCUUCUUCACUGACAACGGCAGCACAGGCAUGGAGGUCGCCGUGAAAAUGGCGUUGCGGGCCUCCAGCCAGCGAUACGGGUGGAGCAAGGAUGAUGGCAACGGCAAGAAUCCCGUUGCGAUCUUGGGCUUGAAAGGGAGUUACCACGGUGACACCAUCGGCGUGAUGAACUGCUCUGAGCCCAGUGUAUUCAACGAGAAGGUGGACUGGCAUCAGCCUUGGGGCCAUUGGUUUGAUCCGCCCUCUGUCCUCAUGCGGAAUGGCGUUUGGGAACUCACGAUGCCGGAUGAGAUGCACGCCGCGACCAGGACGCAAGAGUUUGACUCCCUAAACUCCAUCUUCGACUUUGAUGCUCGGACACCCGACGCAAAGCGGUACGAAUCCCACAUCACCACGACUCUUGAACGUCUCGUUCGCGAUCAAGGGAGGCGUUUCGGCGCCCUCAUACUCGAACCUAUCAUCAUGGGCGCAGGAGGCAUGAUCUUCGUUGACCCGCUCUUCCAAAGAACUCUCAUCAAAACAGUCAGAGCCAGCCCUCACCUGAUCGCCGGCGGCGACCCAACAAAGCAGUCCUCCGAAAACGGUGCGGAAGAACAAGAUCACGGUGGAAUGAACAACUGGUCCGGCCUCCCCGUCAUCGCCGACGAGGUCUUCACAGGCCUCUAUCGCCUCGGCCGCGCCAGUUCGUCGUCUUUCCUUUCUUGUCCAUCCGACUUCAACCCUUCAGCAACAUUGCCAUCAUCAUCAUCAACCGGUGAGACCUCCCAGCAACCAGCCCUGCCCCCCUCCCUCGCACCCGACAUAUCGGUGCACGCCAAGCUCUUGACCGCAGGACUCCUUCCCCUCGCCCUCACCACGGCGAGCGAAUCGAUCUUCAAGACGUUCCUCUCAGACUCCAAGACUGACGCCCUCCUGCACGGCCAUUCUUACACGGCCCAUCCGAUCGGGUGCAUGGUCGCCAACAAGGCGUUGGACGAGUAUCGACGGAUGGAUAUGGACCGGACCGGAGGCUGGAGAGGGUUCAAGCGAGCCUGGUCGGGUGAAAAGAUUUCGUCGCCUCCGUCCUCGUCGUCGUCCUCGCCAUCCAUGCCCGCCGACCGCCAGAAUCAGAAACAGGCGAAUCCACAGAUCUAUUCCUUCUUUCCCCCCUCCCUCCUCCAAGAGCUAUCCCACCAUCCCCGGCUCGCCGGGUGUUUCGCGCUGGGCACAAUCCUCGUCCUCAAACUCGCCGAGCCUCAAGGUUCAGCGGGAGGCUACACUUCGACAGCCUCUGCGGAGCUGCAAUCGCGGCUUUUGACGCUGCUUGACGAGGACGGCUGUGGGAUCCAUUCACGUGUCUUGGGCGAUGUGAUCUACUUCAUGACGAGUUUGACCACGACGGCGGAGCAAGUUGAACGGUUGGGAAGGACGCUGCUGAGGGCUUUGGAUAUGGAGCCCUGA